CUGAGGCCCCAUAUCGUAUUUGUCCCCCAGACUGACCCCCCGUCAACCGUCCCCUCUUUGACCUCGCCCCCCCCGUGGAGCUGUUAAACCUGACGAUGGAGAACUUUACGGCGGGAGGAGCAUCGACCACAGAGACAGAAGGUAUCCAUCUGAACUGCAGCAUGUCCGGGAGGCACAACUUCAUCUUCACCCUGAUCCCGGUCGUGUACGGCUGUAACUUUGUCAUCGGCAUGGUGGGGAACAGCAUGGUGGUGGCGGUCAUCUACCGUUACAUGAAGCUGAAGACGGUGGCCAACGUGUUCGUCCUCAACCUAGCCAUCUCAGACCUUACCUUCCUGGUCACCCUGCCCAUGUGGGCCACCUUCACAGCCACAGGCUACCAGUGGCCCUUCGGUGGGUUUCUGUGUAAGGCCAGCGCUGGACUGGUUAUGUUCAACCUCUACAGCUCCAUCUUCUUCCUCACCGCGCUCAGCAUCGACCGCUAUCUGGCCAUCGUCCACCCGGUGAGGUCGCGGCAGCGCCGUACUGUGCUCUACGCCCGUAUCACCUGCGUCCUGGUUUGGCUCUUCGCCCUCCUGCUGUCCGUCCCCACGGCCCUGACCAGAGACCUGAUGCACAUCACCAACUACAACAUCACCACGUGUGGCGUGCUGCACCCUGAGGGCUCCAGGCACCUCCUCCUCAUCAUCAGCCUGAUGAAGAGCAUCCUUGGGUUCCUGUUUCCCUUCCUCAUCAUCAUCACCUGCUACUGCCUGAUUGGUCAAGCCCUGGUCAGUGCGAGGAGCAUCCAGAAGACCACCCGGUCGAGAGACGAUGAGGUGUUGAGGAUGCUGGCGGCGGCUGUUCUAGCUUUCUUCCUGUGUUGGGCGCCCCACCAGGUAUUCCACUUCAUGGAGCUCCUGGCCCAGCUAAAGGUUGUAACUAACUGUGUGAUUGUGGACGUCAUCGACACGGCCAUGCCCUUCACCAUCUGCAUCGCAUUUCUCAACAGCUGUGUCAACCCCAUCCUGUACGGCUUCGUGGGACAGAACUUCAGAAAGAACCUGUUUCUACUGCUCCGCUGCUCCCCCGUUGGCCUGGCCGGGACACAUCCCUCCAUCUCCUCUAAGAUGUCCGCCCUGUCCUACCGCCCCUCUGAGGCGCUGCACCUCACCAACAAGAACAAUGUCUGAUGUGAGGAGAGAAGGAAGUAGGAAGUAGGAAGUAGGAAGUAGGAAGGAGAAGUGUAGCUUGUGUAAUUCUUUGGCUCUUCUGGUUGUGUGACGUGAGGAGUAUGGAGGAAUACACAUUGUGGAUGCCUCCCAAAUGGCCCCCUAGUCCCUAUAUAGUGCGCUUUGGGCCCUGGUCAAAGGUAGUGCACCUUAUAGGGAAUAGGGUGGCAUUCUCUGGUCAAAAGUAGUGCACUAUAUAGGGAAAAGGAUGCCAUUUGGUACACAUCCCCAACUGUUAUACCAAGCACUGAAGCAUGGUUAGAAGUUGUACCAUAGAACCGUAGAGAAAUAUAGGUAGAACAUGGCUAUUAAAUACUGAGGGAAUGUUUCCUUUGUGUCUGAAUCAUAUGAGUUAGGUCAGGUUCGUUCGCUGCCUUGAACAACACACAGCAGAGGUGCAUGGCUAGCUAACAGAUUUCAACAUACAGCAGAGGUGCAUGGCUAGCGGACAGAUUUCAAUAUACAGCAGAGGUGCAUGGCUAGCUAACAGAUUUCAACAUACAGCAGAGGUGCAUGGCUAGCUAACAGAUUUCAACAUACAGCAGAGGUGAAUGGCUAGCUAACAGAUUUCAACAUACAGCAGAGGUGCAUGGCUAGCUAACAGAUUUCAACAUACAGCAGAGGUGCAUGGCUAGCGGACAGAUUUCAACAUACAGCAGAGGUGCAUGGCUAGCUAACAGAUUUCAACAUACAGCAGAGGUGCAUGGCUAGCUAACAGAUUUCAACAUACAGCAGAGGUGCAUGGCUAGCUAACAGAUUUCAACAUACAGCAGAGGUGCAUGGCUAGCUAACAGAUUUCAACAUACAGCAGAGGUGCAUGGCUAGCUAACAGAUUUCAACAUACAGCAGAGGUGCAUGGCUAGCUAACAGAUUUCAACAUACAGCAGAGGUGCAUGGCUAGCUAACAGAUUUCAACAUACAGCAGAGGUGCAUGGCUAGCUAACAGAUUUCAACAUACAGCAGAGGUGCAUGGCUAGCUAACAGAUUUCAACAUACAGCAGAUGUGCAUGGCUAGCUAACAGAUUUCAACAUACAGCAGAGGUGCAUGGCUAGCUAACAGAUUUCAAAAUGCAGCUUUAGAACAAAACAGCUGGGUGAUUUCUGUUUACUGAUGUGAAAUACUAUUACUGUACUUUGGUGUUGCUGUUUUGUGUUGUCGUCACACAGGUACAUAGAUGUGUAAGCAGACGCAUACAUACAGUAUUUAUACUGCACAUUCAGUAAAUGUUAGCUUUGAAUAUACUGUAGAGAAAAAUAACAAUAACAUGGGAGGUUAGCAUUUUAUAUCAUACCCCCAAGACAUGCUAACCUCCUCUGUUAUUGUAAUGGUGAGAGGUUAGCAUGUCUUGGGGGUAUGAUAUAAAAUGCUAACCUCCCCUGUUAUUGUAAUGGUGAGAGGUUAACAUGUCUUGGGGGUAUGAUGUAAAAUGCUAACCUCCCCUGUUAUUGUAAUGGUGAGAGGUUAGCAUGUCUUGGGGGUAUGAUAUAAAAUGCUAACCUCCCCUGUUAUUGUAAUGGUGAGGGGUUAGCAUGUCUUGAUGGUAUGAUAUAAAAUGCUAACCUCCCCUGUUAUUGUAAUGGUGAGAGGUUAACAUGUCUUGGGGGUAUGAUAUAAAAUGCUAACCUCCCCUGUUAUUGGUAAUGGUGAGAGGUUAGCAUGUUUUGGGGGUAUGAUAUAAAAUGCUAACCUCCCCUGUUAUUGUAAUUGUGAGAGGUUAGCAUGUCUUGGGGGUAUGAUAUAAAAUGCUAACCUCCCCUGUUAUUGUAAUUGUGAGAGGUUAACAUGUCUUGGGGGUAUGAUAUAAAAUGCUAACCUCCCCUGUUAUUGGUAAUGGUGAGAGGUUAGCAUGUUUUGGGGGUAUGAUAUAAAAUGCUAACCUCCCCUGUUAUUGUAAUUGUGAGAGGUUAGCAUGUCUUGGGGGUAUGAUAUUUGUGCAUGUGUAACUUUCUCUCUCAUCACUAAUCAUGAUUCAUUCCGGACUAUCCGUAACCACGGUAACAUCCACAUUAAUGUAGAAGUGUUUAGAAACACAUUAGAUUCUUAUUUACAAUAAAAGUGACUCCAUAAUGACACAAUACAUUAUUUACCAUUCAUUUCUAUUGGGCACAAAAUAAUCUGAAACUCAACCAGAACAAACAGAAAAUGUAUCCAACAAGUUUGUAGAGUCACAAGCUUGAUGUAAUCAUUGCAUGCUAGAAAUAUGGGACCAAAUACUAAACUUUCGACAACUUUAAUACACAUAUAUAAGUGAAUUUGUCCCAAUAAUUUUGGUUCCCUAAAAUGGGAGGACUAUGUACAAGAAGUGGUGUACUUUGAAAUGGUUCACCCGAUAUGGAUGAAAAUGACCUCAAAGGAAAGCUAACAGUCAGCACUUUAACCUUGUAGUCAUUGUACCAUUUCAAUGAUUACUGUCCCAGUACUUUUGGAGCUCACUGUAUUUGUCCUAUUUUUACACAUGUAAGUGUAGCUACAAGCCUAGCUACCGUACAGGCCUGUACACUCCCAUGCUCAACCAAAUAGAAUGACUUACCUACUAGCCUGCCGUCAGCUAGUGCACCAUAAACUGAAUUAUGUCUACUACUCUGCUCUACUUGUAAUUGUAAAGUUGAUGAUCUAUGUAACUUCUGUGUCUGUGUUUGGUACCAACACCAUGUGACUGUGUUUGGUACCAACACCAUGUGACUGUGUCUGGUACCAACACCAUGUGUCUGUGUUUGGUACCAACACCAACACCAUGUGACUGUGUCUGGUACCAACACCAUGUGACUGUGUUUGGUACCAACACCAUGUGUCUGUGUUUGGUACCAACACCAUGUGACUGUGUUUGGUACCAACACCAUGUGACUGUGUUUGGUAUCAACACCAUGUGACUGUGUUUGGUACCAACACCAUGUGACUGUGUUUGGUAUCAACACCAUGUGACUGUGUUUGGUACCAACACCAUGUGACUGUGUUUGGUACCAACACCAUGUGACUGUGUUUGGUAUCAACACCAUGUGACUGUGUUUGGUAUCAACACCAUGUGUCUGUGUUUGGUACCAACACCAUGUGACUGUGUUUGGUACCAACACCAUGUGACUGUGUUUGGUAUCAACACCAUGUGACUGUGUUUGGUACAAACACCAUGUGACUGUGUCUGGUAGUACCAACACCAUGUGACUGUGUCUGGUACCAACACCAUGUGACUGUGUCUGGUACCAACACCAUGUGACUGUGUUUGGUACCAACACCAUGUGACUGUGUCUGGUACCAACACCAUGUGACUGUGUUUGGUAUCAACACCAUGUGACUGUGUUUGGUACCAACACCAUGUGACUGUGUUUGGUAGUACCAACACCAUGUGACUGUGUCUGGUACCAACACCAUGUGACUGUGUUUGGUAUCAACACCAUGUGACUGUGUUUGGUACCAACACCAUGUGACU